AUGGCAGGAAAGAAGGGAGGCAAAAAGUCCAAGAAAGACUCCAAUGCACCAAAGAAGCCAAAGACUGCAUACUUCUUGUUCUGUGAUGAACAUAGAGAAGAGGCUAAGAAGAAGGCUGGUGAAGGCAAGAGUGCCAGCGAAGUAAGCAAGAUUUUGGGUGAAAUGUGGGGUAAACUCACUGAAGAGCAGAAGAAGCCAUACAAUGACAGAUACAAGAUUGAGAUGGAGAAGCACAAGAAGGUCAUGGAUGAGUACAAGAAGAAUAAGCCAGAAUCAGAGGAGGAGAGUGAAGAGGAAUCCGAAGAAGAAGGCAAGAAGAAGAGAAAGAGAACCAAGAAGGACAAGGAUGCUCCAAAGCGACCUCUCUCUUCCUAUAUGCUCUUCUCUCAAGACAAAAGAAAGGAACUCCUCGAGAAAGAUCCAACUUUGAAGGUCACUGAAGUUGCCAAGCAAGUUGGUGCUCUCUGGCAGAAAAUGUCUGAUGAAGAAAAGAAACCAUACAAUGACAAGGCAGCUAAAUUAAAGAAGGAAUAUGAAGGUGUCAAGGCAAAGUAUGAUGAAACUCAUGGCAAGAAGUCUGGAUCAUCUUCUGCCAAGAAAAAGAAGAAGGAAGAGGAAUCUGAAGAAGAGGAGGAAAGCAGCGAAGAAGAAAGCGAUUAA